GCAGUUGAUCUACUUGUGGCCAGUAGCUAGUCUAAGUAUUGGAGCACAAUUGAGAUUCAUGGAGCAUCAUGACCAUACUGCUUGAAGUCAUUGGCUGAUCAUUUGCUUCCAUGUUUGUCUGUUUAUGUCGGUUUCAAGUUUCAUAUAUUGCUACUGGAUGAUCAUUUGGUUCGACUCUUGAUAUGAACAAUGUCUUAUGCAAGAUGCUGGAAAAGAGGGAGGUUUAUGUUGAUCUGAUGACGACUUAAAGUCGGUCGCUGGAGAUUUAUUUCUGUCUGUGGCUUCUGCAGGUACUCCAUAACCAAGGCGCUCGGUGUGGCAUUUCUUAUGACAUUUUUAUCCGUAUUCGAUGUUCCUGUAUUCUGGCCGAUACUCCUAUGCUACUGGAUCGUCCUGGCUUUCCUUACAAUGAAGCGCCAAAUCAUACACAUGAUCAAGUACAGAUAUGUUCCUUUCACUGUUGGAAAGCAGGUAAAGGAAGAACCUUUCCCCGAAUCCUUUCUCUUCUCAUUUUCAACUUGAACCCAGCUGCUUGAUUCCUUUGAUUAUCUUCACCUAAACUCACCGACUUGGCUCCAUGAUUCUUGCACAGAAAUAUGGGGAGAACCUGCACUCUCCAACCAACAGGAGACUAAUGGCGACUGAAGAGUUUCUCUUUGUGACAAUGCUGGACUACCUUCCAUGGCUGGUGUUCUCGAAAUAUAAACUCCUUGAUGCCAAGUAGAUAGUCAAGUCGAUUUUUUCACGAUUUAAGAGGUCACAUUCUUGUUCCUCUCCUAUUCUUUCAUAUUGGUUAACACAAUAUGUGUUCUGCUUUAGCAUUAGAUUCAUUAGAACAUACCUUCCCCAGUUAUUUCUCCUUCAAUCACUGUAUCCUCGCAAAUGGAAUCGAUUCUCAAUGCGGUAUUCUUGAUCACCAAACAAACCUUGCUCUUGUUUCAGCAGCCAGAACAUGUUUUGAGCUGUCAGUUUUCUCUGUACAUUUGAAUGAUUAUGAGGGAGCCACCAGAGAGACUUCCCAUUCCUGGAUUAGGUUAAUGUGUUUGUUUAAGCUGCAUUAUCACUUGCAUGAUUGUCUGCAUAACCGGUGACAACUUGGGAGAGGCUAAGGCUAUGGUGGUUCGGGUUUACCUAAGUUUCGACCAUCUCUAGUCGUAAAGAGAAGGAAAAAAGAGUUGAAUUGAGGCUACACUACAGUCUGGUUCAGCUAGCUAAGCUGGUGAAGAGAACUAGAAGGUCGAUUUUGAGUUGAGGGGGGGAAGAAUCAAAGACGCCAGACGAAUUACACUAAUCAUAAAGGCUUAAUUGGUUCAACUACUCUCCAACUACUUAAUAAACCACUGAUAAAAAUAAAUAAAAAAUCUCCAGUAGAAAUGGGUAAUCGUUGAGUUCACUCGACUUUGUCCCUAACAAACACCCACUGGUUAAAAUAUUAAUCAUGGUACAACAUGGCGUUAGCAGGCUUAUAGGUUUAUUAUAUAAUUAUAAUUUAAUUAGUUAAUUAAUUAAAAACAAGGAUCAUAUCUUGUAUCACUAAGCUCCUAGCCACAAUUUGACACAAUAAUUCUUCGAAAUAAACACAUAUAAUUCAUUUGUUUUUUCUCUUAAACGUGGCCAGCUAAAUCAAGUCGUGCGCCCUCUCUCUCCCUCUCUACUCUCCUAUACAUUAAAAAAGCCAUGAAAUUUCCUUUUUGUACCGGUUCUCUGAGGCAACACCCCACCCGACCCAAAGAAAUGGGGGACAGAACAUUCGUAGUGAUAUUCUUCUUCUGGGCUGCCCUCACAAUCGUCACCCCAAUGCUGGUUCUCCUCUCAGAAUCCUCCAAACAAAGCUUGUUGCUCUCCAAUGGUGAGGCUGUGCGGAUUGCUGAGGUGGUGAAGCCAAGGAAAAUGAUGGGAUACGCUUACGAAGCAGCAGAGAAGAAGUGGAACAGUACAGCUUCUGGGAAUGUUUCAGCUGUACCAAGUGAAGCUCCGCGGCCUUCCUUUGAAGAAGCUGAUGAUGGAGAUUAUCACCCGCCGAGAAUUGAAGAACUUGUCGUUCCUGCUUCGGAAAGAUUGGCUGACGACGAGCCAUGAGAAGUCAUAGUGUGGAACAAGAAGAAGAGGAAAGAAGAAGAAAAAAAAAACAGAGCUUUCGCAGGAGAGGCAGAGUUGGUCAAAGGUACUUUACUUGCACAUUCUCUGGCCCUGUUUGAAACAUUUAAGUCUAUUGAUGGAAUCCAGAAUCCAUUGUCUAGGCUCUAGAGAGGGGGGGGGGGGGGGGGGGGGGGGGAAUCCUAAUUGGUAGUUGUAGGAACUGUUGUAGAAUGUAGAUACACAUAUGAAAACGAAAUCGCAGUUUUUACGAGUUCAUUACAAGUUGGUUUCAUCUUUCAACAAAUCAAAUUGUUAGAAGAAAUCCGAGAAUAUAAUUCAAAACACUCUGCUUGUGAAUUUUGUUUCCUCACCUUCUGGAAAUUAGUAGAUGGUAAAAGUUAAAAAUUGCAGCAAGUGAGCUGAUGAUCAUCUUGGCAAAAGGGCAGCUCCAGUUUUGCACACCAUGGGGCUAUUAUCAUAUUCUUGUGGAAAUAAUGAUGUGAGGAUAGAAAAGAUAGAUGACUAAGCUGCAUUUUGUUUGUUGGAGUGGAGAUCCUUUUCUUGCUUACAACCUUUUUAUCUUUGGCGUGUUGAUGAAGAAAACUGGUAAGCAAUAAGAUGGGGUUGUGGAGAAAUUCUUAACAGGGCUGGACCUUUGAUCAUUGCUCCCCACAUUUUCUGGUCCACGUCGCCCUCAAAAACUAACUACUUCUUCGAGUUCAUUUCUGCCAUGUAUACACGUAACAGGUAGCAUUAGAUCCUGGCUGUAGUAAUAGAGUCGCUCGUUUAUUGUUGUGAGUGAUCACUCGUGUCGUGACAGGGAUUAAUGAAAAAAGAAUCAUCUCGGUUCACGAAAACAUAUAAACGAGUAGGAGAAAGCAUCAGCACAUUUUAAGAGCAUAUAUUUGACAUUAAAAAGUUAUGAAGGACUUACAAGCGAACAACUUGAGUAUCUCGCACGUUUUGAUUUGAUUGGUACUAAUCGAACCGUAAUUGUUGCAUUUUCAUUUCAUCCGUUUACAGUCAUUUGACAAACACUUCCUACCUAACAUCAGUAACAUGUGAUCCAAGACCAAUUUCACCAAACACCUCACCAUCCUCUUUCAACUUUCAAGUAUCUCCGCUCCUCAACUCAUUCUCUAAGCAAUUUGCCAACUAACUUUCCAACUUUCGCCACUCCAACAGCACCAAUCAAGUAAUAAAAUGUUAGGCACUGA